ACCACUAUAGCAUAGGUAUGAGAGAGAGAAGUUGAAAAAAAAGGGAGAUCCGCCCUCACCUUUUUUUCUCUCUCUAUAACAUUCUUUUCUUUUCACUGAUCCUUGAAUCUGGUAAGACUCGACUUCAACUAUAACUGUUUCAACUUUGAUCUUCCUCCAAAUCACAGAAGUACUAAAAGGAGAGAAAAAAAAAAUAAUAAAGUCCCGCCUUAAAAAAGGAAAAAAACAGUGGUCUUAUUUUCUUUGACUGCACCACAAAUUGUGGGGUGUCUCCAAAUCAUUGUUUUCUCACUUUUGUCUGCCAAAGUUGGGGUCUUUAGAAUUAGCGUUUGCACAGUCCAGCCUUUGGAGAUUUAUGAUUAGGGUUUUGGAGGGGUGAGUGGUUGUGGGGGAAAAUGUGGUUGGUGCAAGUGGGGGAGUAAAUGAGAAAUUUUGAGAGAUGGGGUGUGUGUUUGGGAGAGAGUCUUCAGGGGAGGAAGUUAGGGAGGCAAAAUCAGAGGUGGGUAGAGGAGAGGUUGUUGUUGAGAAUGAGAACAUUGAGAAGAAGGAGAAGAGGACAAGGGCAAGGGGGGAGAGGAGGCGAUCCUCGAAGCCGAAUCCGAGGUUGAGCAAUCCUCCUAACCAUGUUCAUGGUGAGCAGGUAGCAGCAGGGUGGCCCUCUUGGCUCUCCAAGGUUGCUGGUGAAGCUAUCAAUGGAUUGACCCCUAGGAGGGCUGACACUUUUGAGAAGCUUGAUAAGAUUGGGCAAGGUACAUACAGCAAUGUUUACAAAGCUAGGGAUACUCUGACGGGGAAAAUCGUUGCUCUAAAGAAGGUUCGUUUUGACAAUUUAGAGCCAGAGAGCGUGAAGUUCAUGGCCAGAGAAAUUUUGAUUCUGCGUCGCCUGGAUCACCCCAAUGUUGUCAAACUGGAAGGCUUAGUGACUUCUAGAAUGUCGUGCAGUUUAUAUCUUGUAUUUGAGUACAUGGUGCAUGAUCUGGCUGGACUUGCCACAAACCCGACAAUUAAGUUCACAGAGCCUCAGGUAAAAUGUUACAUGCAUCAGCUAUUUUCUGGACUGGAACAUUGUCACAAUCGUCAUGUGCUGCAUCGUGAUAUAAAGGGGUCAAAUCUACUUAUUGAUAAUGAUGGAAUUCUUAAAAUUGCUGAUUUUGGAUUAGCUUCCUUCUUUGAUCCUAAUCACAAACACCCUAUGACCAGUAGAGUGGUUACAUUAUGGUAUCGACCUCCAGAACUUCUUCUUGGGGCCACUGAAUAUAGUGUGGGAGUGGACCUUUGGAGUGCUGGCUGCAUUCUUGCAGAGUUAUUGGCUGGAAAGCCAAUCAUGCCUGGUCGAACAGAGGUGGAGCAGCUACACAAGAUAUUUAAGCUUUGUGGCUCUCCUUCUGACGAAUAUUGGAAAAAGUCAAAGUUGCCACAUGCUACCAUUUUUAAGCCACAACAGUCAUACAGGCGAUGCAUUGCAGAGACAUUUCAAGAUUUUCCUCCAUCUUCCCUGCCACUCAUUGAGACCCUUCUUGCAAUUGAUCCUGAUGAACGUUUGACUGCCACUGCUGCAUUGCAUAGUGAAUUCUUUACAACAAAACCAUAUGCAUGUGAGCCCUCUAGCCUUCCAAAAUAUCCUCCCAGCAAGGAGAUGGAUGCAAAGCUACGGGAUGAAGAAGCUAGAAGAUUGAGAGCAGCUGGUAAAGCUAAUGCUACCGGUGUCAAGAAAUCGCGUCCACGCGAGCGAGUUGGGAGGGGCAUUCCAGUUCCAGAGGCCAAUGCUGAGCUGCAAGCAAAUAUUGAUAGACGUCGGCUGAUCACACAUGCAAAUGCUAAGAGCAAGAGUGAGAAGUUUCCUCCUCCCCACCAAGAUGGAGCUCUAGGCUAUCCUUUGGGUUCUUCACAUCACAUGGAUCCAGUUUUUGAUCCUCCUGAUGUUCCAUUUAGUUCCACAAACUUCUCACAGCCUAAAGCAAAUUUCCAAACCUGGUCUGGCCCAUUGGUAGAUCCUGCUGCGGUGAGUGCGCCAAGGAGAAAGAAGAAACCUGGCAAGUGAUGGACAUAUACAAUCAAAGGAGGACUCACAGAUAAGAAUGCAUCUAGAGUCAAAGAAAUAUUCUUGUAGUAUAACACCAAUCAUUUUUUAGGAGUAUUCAUGAUGAAGCUGCAAAUGUUGCUGAGUUGAUAUCUGCCCUCUAAUUGCUAAAGCCAUUGGCAUUGGAGGUAAACCAAAUUGUAUUUUCCUCCUCUCAUUUCCUUAGUAAUGAUCAGAGGUUUAUUCUCUAUGUUGUAUAUCUUAAUUUUUUCUUCUUGAACUUAAAAGUUUAAAUAGGUUAGAUGAACAUCUAAUAAAUAGGUUUUGGGAACAGUGUUGGUGAUUUAUCUUUCUCCCUAUUUUACCCCAGUUUAAUCUAUAAUGUUCAGAAGCCUGUGAACUGUGCAGUACUUAUACACAGCUUGCGAGUUUUGGUUUCUUCAUA